UUGCUUUUUGGAUGAAUGGAGGGCUUCAAAGGAAAGGAAUCCCUUCUCAUCCAUACGUUCUUCUCUCUCUCUCUCUCUCUCUCUCUCUCUCUCUCUCUCUCUCUCUCUCUCUCUCUUUCAUAUUUUCACUUACUUUCAUUGUUCAGGAUCCAGAUUCCAUUUUAAUUAUACAAAUUUUUGUGACUUUUGUUGAAUCUUCUUGAUGCUAGCAACUAGCAAGCAGAUUGAGAAAUUACUUACAUGAAGCAGACUAGACUUCUUACGGUUUGAAUUUUAUGAUAAUUAAUCCAUUUAGGAACUUGUUUCCAUUUUCUUUCUCUUUCCUUUUUCUUUUCUUUUUUUUUUUAAAAAAAAAAGUUCUGCUUGAGCCUCCUUCAUUCUCAAGGGUUUGAAGGAAAGACAAGCAAAAUCAUCAAGAAGCUUAAGGCUGAUGAGGGAAUAAUGAAAGGAAGUACUACAAGUGAUGUGAAAUUUAUACAAGAAGCUGAAUUCAGAUUCCCCACUUAGCUUUAUCACUUUCCACUUUUACUAUAGCCUUCCUAAGUUAGGGUUUUCACUCAGAUCCUAGGACAUUUUGUCCCAGAUGUAAAAGUUGAUCUGUAGCUGUCAUCAUCCACAAAGUCAUGUAAAUUUAAUAAAUGGGAAGAUGAUGAAAGGAGUGAUAAUGGAUGAGAACUUGUCCAAUUUGACUUCUGCAUCUGGUGAAAUAAGUGCUUCUUCAGGUAGCAGGAUUGAAACUGCUGGCACUAUGUACUUGCAACAGUCCUUUCCUUCAACAAAUCAAGCACCACCGCCAAAGAAGAGGAGAAGUCUUCCAGGCAACCCAGACCCAGAUGCAGAAGUGAUAGCUUUGUCUCCCAAAACUCUACUGGCAACCAACAGAUUUAUAUGUGAUGUCUGUAACAAAGGAUUUCAGAGAGAUCAGAACCUUCAGCUUCACAGAAGAGGGCACAACCUGCCAUGGAAGUUAAAGCAAAGAACAAACAAAGAGGUGAGAAAGAAGGUAUAUGUGUGCCCGGAAGCUGCAUGUGUGCAUCAUGACCCAUCAAGGGCUCUCGGAGACCUUACAGGGAUCAAGAAGCACUUCUGCAGAAAGCAUGGUGAGAAGAAGUGGAAGUGUGAAAAGUGCUCAAAGCGUUAUGCUGUUCAAUCAGACUGGAAAGCCCAUUCCAAGAUUUGUGGCACAAGAGAGUAUAGAUGUGAUUGUGGAACCCUUUUCUCUAGGAGGGACAGUUUCAUCACCCACAGAGCCUUCUGUGAUGCAUUAGCAGAAGAGAGUGCAAGAGCCAUCACAUUGAACCACCCACUUCUCUCUUCUCAUCAACAGCCUAGCUCCUCCGCUUCUCAUAUGAUCAAUUUGCAAGGCCUAUCGGUGAAAAGAGAGAAAGAAAGCCACCAUCUUUUUAAUACAAAACCAGAUAGUAAUGUCCCACCAUGGUUAGCCUGCCAGCCCGUAGGGGAAGCUGAUCCAGGUCCACCACAAAUCAAUAUCUCAUCAUUAUUAUUUCCAGCAAAUUUAGAUCAGCCAUUUCUACAACAUGAAAACCCUAGUCCUAACCCUAAUCUUAUUCUCCCUCCCUUCCAUACCCCCACAUCCUCCCCUCACACGUCUGCAACUGCAUUGCUGCAAAAAGCAGCACAAAUGGGUGUGACUAUGAGCAAGCCUUCGCCAUCUCCUGCUUCUGCUUCUGCAGCUGUUAUGCUCAGACCCCACCAAGCUCACAUGUCUGCAACCACAUCUGGCUUCAGUUACACAUCGAUAUCUACGUCUACAGCUGGUUCUGGACUAGGUUUGUCCUCACGCGAAGACACGGAAAGUGGGUUUGGUUAUGACUUGGCAUCAGUUGGGAAUAAAGCUGCUGCCACCUCUGACAUCAUAGGGCCUUCUUCUCUCGUUCUUGAUAUCAUGAGUUCAUUGUCUCCUACAAGUGGUUUUGAUGGGUCAUCUUUUGAUGAGGAUUUCAAUGGAAUGUUAAAUCCAAAAAGAAAUGGUAAUAAUUUUCAAGAAACUCACUCCAAUUCCAAAUCAACAGAAUCCCAGAUUAGUAGCAGAAAGGACCGUGAAGAUAAAACUGUAACUGCUACUGCUCCUGGUGGUGGCGGCCGUCAUGGUCAUGGAGGUGGCAAUGAUGGCUUGACGCGAGAUUUCUUGGGUCUCAAAGCAUUUUCCCACAAAGACUUUUUCAAUCUAGCUGGCCUAGGCCGCCACAUAAAUUCUUCCUCAACUUAUGGGCAGCAGAACCAAAACCAAGCACCCUGGCAAGGUUAGCAAUUCAUGGUUCUUUCUUCUUCAUUCCAUCUUCUUCUUCUUCUUGGAGAAUUUCGACAGGCAAAUAAUUCUAUGGCAAUUGUAUGGACAAGCAAAUAGUGCUCUACAGUUUCCCUUGGGUUUUGAUUCUUACUUUUCAGUUUUGGUCGUAUUUUACUAUAAUUUAUUUGACGUUUGUACUUCAGAAUAUUCUGUUCAUCUCUCUCUAUAAUAAAAUUUUCAGCCACCAAUAUGUAAGCAA